AUGAGCUUUCAGAACUUCUGGAGAGAAUACAAAGUUCUGCUUGUUAUGGUUCCUUUAAUUGGAUUCAUACAUUUGGGGUGGUACAAAAUCAAAAGCAGCCCUGUCUUCCAAAUUCCUAAGGACGAAACCACGGAGCCAGAUAGUCUAGCACUUGCAAGUCCACCAAAGAGUCCCUAGGAGAUGUAGCAGGCUUGCGGUUUUCAG